ACAGAGGAGAAAAAUUCACAAAGACCUUUUACAGAGAAAACUCAGAAGAGUCUCUUGUUAUCUUCCGAAGCUUUCCGAGCUCAAUGGCUACUUGUUCUUCUUCGUGGUUUUCUCCUGAGAUUACUUACGAUGUGUUUGUUAGUUUUAGAUGGAAGGACGUCGGCAACACAUUUUGCAGUCAUCUCUGCGCUGCUUUGGACAGGAGGAAGAUCAAAACAUUCACAGCUAGUGAAGAACAAGAGAAAGAAGAUGAAAUUUCUUUAUCAAUUUCGAGAGCAAUCCAAGCAUCGAAGAUUGCGCUGAUCAUAUUUUCAGAAAACUAUCCCUUCUCAAAGAGGUGCUUGGACGAACUCGCAGAGAUUUUCGAGUGCAAGAAAAGGACGGGAGUACCAAUUGUGAUGCCAGUUUUCUAUUAUGUAGACCCUUCCGAUGUUCGCAAACAAUCUGGAGAAUUUUCGACUGCGUUUGCUCAUCAUGAACAUAAUUACUUGAAGGGCAAGGUGGAAACAUGGAGACUUGCUUUAACACGAGCAGGGAAUCUAUCUGGCUGGGAUUCAUUAAGAAUUAGGCCAGACUCCAUACUCGUUGAGGUAAUUGUCGGAGACAUUUUUGAGAGAUUGAAACUUGGAUCAUCUAGUGUUUUUGAGAAAUCAUUAGUUGGAAUACAUUCUAGAGUCGAGAAAGUUAUGUCUCUGUUAAAAAUGGGUGAUAUGCAAGAUUUUGGCAUGGUGGGAAUCUGGGGCAUGGGAGGCAUUGGUAAGACUACUGUUGCUAAUGCCAUUUACAACCAAAUUUCAAGUCAUUUUGAAGGUCGUUGUUUCCUUAAUAAUGUCAGGGAGUCAGCAAUGAAAGGUGAUCUAGUUCAUCUAAGGAAGAAGCUCUUUUCUAAACUAUUAAAUGAGCAAGUUUCUACUGAAGGCACGCCUACUAUAGGAUCUCCUUUCAUUCGACAUAGACUACAAAACAAAAGGGUGCUUGUUGUUCUGGAUGAUGUGAAUGAUCCACAACAAAUAAACUUUUUAUUUGGAGGGAUUGAUCAUCUUGGCGGACCAGGCAGUCGAGUAAUUAUAACAACUAGAGAUAAACAAGUUCUAAAUUAUCUUGACGUUGAGGCAAUUUAUAAGGUAGAGAGAUUAGAUUUUGAUGAAGCUUUAAAUCUUUUUGGUCAAUAUGCAUUUAAAGAACCCCCUUCAGAAGAUUAUAUAAAGUUGUCCAGGAUGAUUGUUCGUUAUGCCAAAGGCGUGCCAUUAGCUCUAAAAGUCUUGGGUUCCUCAUUACGUUCCCAGAAUAAGAAAUACUGGGAAGGUAUGCUAAAAAAGCUUAAUAAUAUUCCAAAUCCAAGACUUUUAGAUGUCCUGAAAAUUAGUUAUGAGGGACUGGAUUGUGAAGUGAAGGAAAUAUUUCUUGAUAUUGCAUUUUUUCUUAAAGGGGAGUACAUUGAUGUUAUAACAAGACUGUUAGAUGAUGAGUACUUCUCUUUAGAUUAUGGGAUAGAUGUUCUUGUUGAUAGAUCUCUCAUUAGUAUUACAAACUCUAGGAGGAUAAAGAUGCAUGAUUCAUUACAAGAAUUGGGAUGGGAUGUUGGUCUACAUGAAUCUAAGAAUCCAAAGAAAAGAAAGAGGCUCUGCUACCCAGAGGAUGUACUUGAUCUCUUGACAGGAAAUGAAGGAAGUGAAACAAUCAGAGGCAUAUCCCUUGAGUCAUUAGGAAUGAAGAAGUUGAGCUUAAAUCCGGAUGCAUUUGCAAAGAUGCCUAAUAUGAAGUUUCUAAAAAUCAAUGGAUAUACAUUGAAAAUACCAUAUGGCCUUCAAUCUCUUCCGGAUGAGCUAGGAUAUCUUUCUUGGAGUGGAUUCUCACUGAAGUCAUUGCCAUCUACAUUUUGCGCAGAGAGACUUGUUAAACUUGAGAUGCCUGAUAGCACUGUCCAGCAAUUGUGGAAUGGAACACAGAAUCUAGUUAGCUUACAGCAUAUAGACCUUCGUUAUUCCAAGAACUUGAAAGAAAUUCCAGAUCUUUCCUGCGCCAUGAAUCUGGAAACUAUGUAUCUUGACCACUGUGAAACCUUGGUUGAAAUUCCAUCAUUCAUCAAGCAUCUCCACAAGCUUAGUGUUUUGGAUUUGAGUGAGUGCAAAAAACUCAGUAAACUUCCAAACAGUAUUUGCAAUUUGAAAUCUCUUGAAUCUCUCAAUCUCAGUGGCUGCUCACAACUUGAGACAUUUCCAGAUAUUUUUGAGAAAAUGGAGAAUUUAGAGCUUCUUGAUUUAAAUGGAACUGGCAUAACACAACUGCCUUCUUCAAUUGAAUUUCUUGUUGGACUUCUUGAAUUGAGACUGGAUAAUUGUAUAAACCUCUCCAAGUUACCAGAUAACUUAUGGAGAUUAACAAGUCUCGACUGCCUGGAAAUUUCAAACCCAAAUCCUGUGACUCUAUCAUUGCCUAAGUUUCCUUCAUUAGUAGAUUUCUGCUAUUUGCAAUACUUAAGACUCAAUGAUUUACACAUAGUGGAAAUUCCAGAAGACCUUGGUUGUUUAUUUUCAUUGGAGAGAUUGGAACUAUGUGGAAACGAUUUUGAGACAAUACCUGCAAGUAUCAAACACUUGACCAACAUGAAAGAGCUUUUCUUUGGUCAUUGCAAGAGGCUUCAAUCAUUACCUGAGCUCCCAGCCGAAAUAGAAAGGCUUUCUGUAGAUCACUGCACUUCAUUGAAAAUAUUAAAUGGUAACCCUUUCUUUAAUGCCAGACUUUCUGGGAGAUAUACAUUCGUUGAUUGCUUCGAAUUGGAUCAACAAGUAAUAAUUCAACAUGUGGGUAAAAAAUAUGACAAGAUUCUUCAGCAACAAGAUAACAAGGAUCUUGAGGGAAAGUUCUGUAUUUGUUUAACCGGGAGUGAAGUGCCUAAGGGAUUCCAGUAUCAAAGUAGAGAAUGCUCUUCAAUCAUAAUUGAUCCAGGAAGUAGUAAGUUGUUGAGCAUUGUUCUUUGCUUUGUUAUUGCAUCCGAUUGCAGUGGCAAUCCCAAUGAUUUCGAUUUCUUCAAUAUAGUAUAUUCGAAAACCAAACCUCUUGUUUCUUGCGUACAAUACAAAUCAUCCUUAGGAUCAGACCACAUCCUCCUGUUAUAUCUUAAAGAAACCUAUGAUUCUAUACGAAAAAAACUCGCCAAAAAUAUCUCGUCCAAUGAAGAGAUGAUCAUUGAAUUCAGCAUAGAUCCUCGCCACUCUACUGUCAUGAAUGUGAAGAGUUGUGGGGUUAAUGUGCUGGAAGGAAACACGAGGGUAAGUUUCGGGUUCAAUUGGGAAGAAGAAUUACAAGCUGAAACAACCAUGUGAAAAAAGUAACUUUGGUUCUUCAACCAUGCUUCUUCUUGGAUGAUAUAGUGAACAAGUUUGUUCUGUAACAUACGAGUUUCUAUA